AUGCUGACGAAAGGCAGACCUCAAUUGCCGGCACUGAGUUAUCUUGAUGUAGACAAGGUGAAGCGGGAAGAAGAGGCGUACCAGAAUCGCAACCUCAAUCCACCACAAAGCUUGCCGCCGGCCACCUCUGCGAACCCAACCUUUCCAUACCCGUCCGGGCCACCACCACCCUACAGUCAACCCGCACCGACCCAUGCAUCACUUGCACACGCAUGGUCCGGCGUGCAGUCUGGCGUCCACACACCGCCUGAAUCACGGCGGACUAGUGGGGAUGAAUAUGAUGCCAAACAGAUCACCCGGCAAUCACUGCCGUCCAUUUCCGAAGCGCUAGGCGUGGACAACCAAACAUCGUAUUCAGCAUCAAUGCCUACGGGCCCGCAAACCGUGGCAGCGCAUCAAUCUCAUCCGCAACCUGCGACUCCCGCAUCGCCAUUGUCCGCUACCAAGAAAUACAGCAUGGACCCGCCGCCGCCGCCGUCGCAAGCGCAUACGAACCAGGCAUCACAGCAUUCAUAUCCACACUUUCGACCUGACCCGUCUCCGCAUGGCUUCAUCCCUCAGGAAGCGACGUCCCAACGGUCUGCUGCCUUGGAACGACCACCGCUGCACCUACAAACUUCGCAGCCUGUGUCUCAACCACCGCAGCCAGCGGCAUAUUCAUACCCGCCUCAUCCACCAUCGGGCUAUGAACGAUCCGUGUCGCAUCCUGCAGAGCCAAUGGCGCCGCCGCCGUCCGGCUUUUCUUAUGGCUACACUCCGUACCCACCGCGGUACGCUCAGCCUACUCCACCGGCAAGCGUAGCGUCUGGGCCCAUAUAUCAACCUUCAGCGAAUUAUCCUGCUCCGGAAACUCCUCCCGCCUCGUGGAAGGCUGGUAGCUUAGUGCGGCAGGGUCCGAACGAGCGUGGUACUGGACCGGGCGACUACAGUGCUUCCGUCAAACGCCAUCUUGACUUGUAUGACUUGGAAGGAGCCUUAAAUGCCAUUGCAUCAUCAAGCGAUAUUCUUCUUGACUUCUCACGACGCUAUGGAGACCGACUGCACCAGACAGCCCGCUCAGGCACACCGAUGGCCUAUUUCCCGGGCAUGGUUGAGGUUGAUGAUAUGAUCGCCAAGUCUCGUUUGCAAGUGGAGUCACUUCUCAAAAUUCGUGAUGUCAUUCUUGCUCAACAGGCGGAAUAUGACCAACAACUCUCGGAUCAACGACAACAAAAGGCGGUUGUCGAAGCACCCGUUCCAGCGGUCGAGCACACUCCUGAGGUAGACGAUUCCAAAGGCGGGUUUGCAGGCUCCGAGACGAAGAAACGGAGAGGGCGUGCUGCUCCGCCCGGACGCUGCCACAGCUGCAAUCGGGCUGAGACACCCGAAUGGCGAAGAGGUCCCGACGGCGCAAGGACCCUUUGCAACGCUUGCGGCCUGCAUUAUGCGAAGCUCACCCGGAAACAGCAAGGAGGCGGCAAAACGGCGAACGAACGACAUUUUGUUGCAUUACCUCCGCUGCCGCAAUAUGGCUGCAGCGCCGUUGGGACACCGCUUGAAUGGCCGGAAGCGAAGAAAGUAGCUCAGCAUGUACGAGAAUGGGGUAUUGAGCAAUUGCUUGCUAUAUGGCGGAGAGCGAAAGGCAAGGAGCGAGACGCGCUUCUUUGGGGUGACGAGAUCGAGUACAUAGUCGUCGCACUCAAUGAUGAAGAGCACAAUGUCAAGCUCUCAUUACGACAGGCCGACAUCUUGGAAGCUUUGGCAAGCGAUCCGGAACUUCUUAAACAAGGCGGCGGAGUGCCAGACCUGGCACGAGGACCGGUGAAGUCAGGCAAGACGGCGCCAACAUUUCAUCCAGAAUUCGGACGCUUCAUGCUGGAAGCCACCCCAGGCGCACCCUGGGGCAUUGGUUUCAAAGACCUACUUGAUGUGGAACAGGAUAUGAAAUGGCGAAGACAGAUCGCCAAAGACCAUAUGGAUGCCGAUGAGUUUCCGAUCACAAUGACUACAUUCCCUCUGCUUGGCGACCGAAAGUCCAUAACGCCGUGGUUCCCACCCUCUGGCCCAAGACUACGCUCACAGUUUGUCCCGGACGAAAUUGCUAACCCGCAUAUACGCUUUCCUACAUUGGCUGCCAAUAUCCGAGCGCGUAGAGGGCGGAAGGUUGAGCUCAACGUUCCUGUCUUCCACGAUAAGCAGACAACCUGGCCUUUCAGCGAUCCUACUGUUGACUACAACAUGCAUAACUGGCCAGAAGAUGACGAUGUGCGGAAUGGCGCCGCCAAGGAGAACCACAUUUAUAUGGAUGCUAUGGCGUUUGGCAUGGGCAGCUGCUGCCUACAAAUCACUUUCCAGGCCAAGAACAUCGACGAAGGCCGCAAAAUGUAUGAUCAGCUAUCGCCUCUGGGUCCGGUCCUUCUUGCUCUGACUGCCGCAACACCGAUAUACAAAGGCUUCUUAGCCGAUACCGACGUGCGGUGGAACCAGAUUAGUCGGGCUGUCGAUGACCGUACGCCGGAGGAGCUCGGCGAGAAGCCGCUUAAGAAUGAUCGAUGGCGAAUACCCAAGUCUCGCUAUGCAAGCAACAGCACAUACAUAUCGCAGGACCCACGUUUGCGGCCAGAGUACCUUGACCCUGAUCUCGUUAUUGACGAGAAGCUCAAGGAUCGGCUGGUAGAAGGCGGCAUGGACGACCUGUUAGCAACGCACUUUGCGCACCUUUUCAUACGCGACCCAAUUGUGGUGUUCUCCGAGGACCUCAAAGAACUUGAUCUGGACAAAGCCGACCAUUUUGAGAACCUGCAGAGUACCAACUGGCAACAUAUGCGCUUCAAGCCGCCUCCGCCAGGUAGUGAGAUUGGGUGGCGGGUCGAAGUGCGGCCCAUGGAGAUCCAGAUCACCGACUUUGAGAAUGCUGCGUUUUCGGUCUUUGUCGUGCUGAUCACCCGUGCGCUUCUCAGUUUUGACCUGAACUUCUACAUUCCAAUCACGCGGACGACUCAGAAUAUGGAAACGGCGCAUAGAAGGGAUGCUGUCCUGAACGACAUGUUCUAUUUCCGGAAAGAUCCAUUACCGAAGCGGCCCUCAAAGACGAAUGGCGCAUCCAAUCCGCCAUCUGGAUCAUCGACGCCUCGCAUGCAUCCCAUCAUACCUCCCGACUCACCCGUUGGAUCAGUAGAAGACGAGUACGAGCUGAUGACUGUAGAUGAGAUCAUCAACGGCAGGGCAGACGGCACCUUCCCAGGCCUGAUACCGUUGGUUGAGUCUUAUCUUGACAGCGUCAAUGUAGACGUUGAGACCCGUUGCGAGCUCGCGCAGUACCUUGCUCUAAUCCGAGGUAGAGCGAAUGGAUCGCUGUGGACCGCGGCCAAGUGGAUUCGUUAUUUCGUGCGUGAGCACAAAGGGUACAAUUUCGAUAGCGUCGUCAGCGAUGGCAUAGUGUAUGACUUGGUGAAGGCUGCCGAGCGCCUGACAGUGAACGAAGGCCGGGACGGUUUCGGCAAAGAGAUGCUUGGGGAGUGUCGACAGCGCAGAUGA